AUGGUCAUGCUCAAGGGCAUUGGCAAUGUCUCCGCAGGAAGCUCACUAGGUGUGAGCACAAUUGAGCUUCGUUCGCUGUGUACGACCGCAUCAAUGCAUGUCAGCAUGCAUAUUCUACCAACACUGACGGUAGAUCUUCCAUCGUUCGUGAUCGCUGAUCCGAAAUGGCCGCAUCUUGAGAAUCUCAAGCUCGCUGACCCGCAGUAUCUACAGCCACGCCCUGUAGAUAUUAUUCUAGGUGCAUCACCAGCCGCACAGAUCAUGAACGCAGAGAUUCAACGAGGACCUCGCAAUGCUCCUAUUGCACAAUCCACCACGCUUGGUUGGAUUGUCUAUGGAGCUGUCACCGCUAAACACGCUUCAACAUCACACGCAGCACUACAUGCGUCAGUAGAUACUGAAUUACAAGACGCUAUCGCUAAGUUUUGGGAACAGGAAGAAGUUCCAUCAGGAAAUUCACCGCUCAACACCGCUGAAGAAGACGAAUGUGAAAUUCACUUUCGUCAAACGCAUUAUCGACAGCCUGAUGGACGCUACGUAGUGAGAUUACCGCUUAAGGCCCUUGAGAGUCAACUUGGCGACUCUAUCAACGCAGCUAUGGGGUCACUCCGCAGAUUAAUAACUCGCUUGUCGCGAGAAAGAGAAUAUUCUGACAUGUAUCGUGCAUUCAUGGCAGAAUACAUUCAACUAGGACACAUGGUACGAGUACCAGUCAACGAAUUGCCCGCAAACGCUUACUUCUUGCCUCACCAUGGGGUAUUGAAGCUUGAUAGUGCCACUACGAAGCUCCGCACAGUGUUCAAUGGUUCCUGUGCAACAUCUACAGGAAUUUCAUUGAACGACAUUCUCCACGCAGGACCCAAAACGCAAAUUGACAUUUUUGAUGUGAUGUUGAGAAUCCGUUGCAGCAGGAUUCUAUUCGCUACUGACAUCACCAAGAUGUUCAGACAGAUUGAGGUCGACUCGCUUGAUUGGCCGCUUCAGUGCAUUCUCUGGAUAGAUGAGAAUGACUUAAUAGACGCUUACUGUCUCAAGACAGUCACAUACGGAACCGCUAGUGCACCUUUUGACGCUGUACGUGUGCUUAUCCAACUAGUAAAGGAUGAAGGACACCGCUUUCCGCUAGCUGUUGCUCCAAUGUUGAAAACACGCUACGUAGAUGACAUCUACGGUGGAGCAGACAACGAAGAAGACGCUAUCAAGGCUGCAGUACAAACAAAAGCUCUGUGUGCAGCAGGCUGCUUCCUGCUUGCCAAAUGGGCUAGCAAUAGCCCACGGUUACUCGCUGAAGUCGCUCCAGAAAAGCAGCUGGAUACACCGCUUAAAGAAAUCAGUGAUGCACCAGUAAAAGUCCUGGGCAUGUACUGGAAUUCACGCACUGACGCUCUCCAGUUCAAGUACACGCUACCGCCAGAGACGCCCAAGACAAAAAGAGCUAUUUUGUCUGAAAUCGCUAAGCUGUAUGAUCCGCUAGGACUUCUCGCACCAAUAGUCGUCAAAGCCAAGAUCUUUAUGCAAGAUCUGUGGCUAGAUAGAGUGUCAUGGGAUGAACAAUUGUCACCAUCACUCAUUCACAAAUGGACUGGAUACCGCGAGGAUCUUCGAAACAUCGAAUCCAUCCGCAUUCCACGCUGGAAUAAUAUAGCACCUGGAGCAACUAUGGAAUUGCACGGGUUCUCAGACGCUUCGCAAAACGCUAUGGCUGCCGCUGUUUAUUUGAGAGUCACUGACGCUGAUGGGAACACAAAGGUCUCACUUUUGUGUUCAAAACGCAAGUAG